AUGUCCAGUCCUGGCCAGCCUCCUUCGGGACGCGCUGCGUUCAAGAAGAAGGAUGGAAUAUUAUCACUCUCGCCGGACCAGAAGACUGUUCUCUGGACGCCAGCGCCGGGCACCGGACCGCCUACCAUCACCCUUCCCAUAGAGAACAUCACAAACCUGCAAAAGACGCCUGAUAGCUCGCCCAAGGUGAUGCUAAAGAUCUUCGAGAAGAACCCAGAUGGCGGAGAUCCGGUCACGUACCUCUUCCACUUCAACACGGCGUCUGCGAAGCCCGAGGCUGAUUCUAUGAGAGAUGCGCUCUCAAAAGUUAUUGGCGCUCUCCAAAGCACCAAUCCCAAUCUACCAAAACCCGCACAGGCAGCGGCCGCGAACGGGUCUGCCACCCCUUCGGCUGCUGGUAGAGCAUCCGGUUCGAUGACGUUUGCCGCGGCCGUGAAUGCUACGCCUGCAACCUCAAAGUGGUUCGAUGAUUCGCAGCUCCUCAACGACAUCUCCUUGCAGCUGGAGUAUCUGAAAACUGAUAGUACCCUCAACCAAACCUACAUGGAGGCCAGGGCGACGAAACCCGACUCCAUCUCCCUGGGCGCCUUCAAUUUGCAGUUCUGGUCUUCGAGACUUCACAUUCUACGAGCGUUCUUAAUAGACAAGAACCAACAAAAGGCAGACUACAAUGUCCUAGCCACAAUCAAGCCCAAGACCGUCGACGGCGAUCUCAAACUCAACAUCACCGAGAAACAGAUUAGCCUCAUCUUUAAGCAGCACCCUCUUGUCAUGAGGAUAUACAAUGAACAAGUCCCAAAGCUAUCCGAACCUGAAUUCUGGUCUCGGUUUUUCCUUAGCAAGCUGUCAAAGAGAUUACGCGGCGAGCGAAUUGGGCCGAGCGAUGCCCACGACCCGAUUUUUGAUCGAUAUGAUCCCAAUGAGAACCUUUUGGGCAUCUACUCCAAAAUCACACCGGAGACCAUCCCUCAAAUUAUCAACGUCGAAGCGAACGAGGCCAAUGAAGGUGGCCUUAAAAGUGGAAACAGAAAAGAUGUCGAGAUGCGUCCCCGAAAGGACGUGCCUAUCCUAAAAACCCUGAAUAGUAUAAGCGCCAAGAUCAUGGCCAACGUGGCACCCUCUGACGGUGACCCUCAUGCACCAAAGGGCGUAGACGAGAAGACCUUCAACGAACUCAUCCUCCGCGAUCUUAGAGACGAGGAAAAGGCGAAUAGAAUCCCUCUCAAGAUCAACGAAGAGCAAGCCUUCUUCUCCAACGCCGGAGACAUCUCAUCCUCCAACGCCGAAAUCUUCGCAAAGCAGAACCCCGACGAAGUCCUCCAGCUCUUCAAAGCCAACGUCGAGAAGCUCAACACCAGCUCCCCCAACGGCAUCGACCUGCACGCCCUAACAGGCAUCGAAGACGACAGCGACAGCGACAUGGAGGACGACGCGCCUCCUCGCCCUCCCCGCGUCGGGUCUCGCGCCACCCGCGCCGCUGCCCAGGAAGACAUCCUCCAGGGCAUCCGCCGUCAUCGGUCGGAGAAGUACGGCGGUGACUGGGCCGAGGACUCGCCCAUGGGGUUGCCGCCGGCGAUAGCGCACCAGUGCACUAUUACGAAUAGCACGACGACGGAGUUCUUGCGGCAGUUCUGGGCUGCGUUCCUCUCGGGUGAUCCGGACCGCGCCCUCGAGUUGCAGUACCUCAACGAGGCUCUGCAGCGUAGCGUCGGACGCAUUAAUGCUGUGGCGGAGGAGGCAGAGAAACACCGCGAUGAGAUUAUCGCGCAGAAGAAGAGGGAGAUUAGGGAGUAUUAUGAACGGACGAAGAAGAAGAUUAGAUGGAAGGCUGAUUCUGUUGGGGGUGGAAAACAGGCUGUCCUUGCGUUGAUGGAGUCGACUCUCUUUGCCUUGUCCAAGGCCCAGGAGGAGUAUAGGAAGGCGUUGGAAGCCGAGGGUCUUCGGCCUACUACAGAAGGAUAG